UGAGGUCAGGAGAACCCAAAGUUAUAGAGAUGUGACAAGGUAUGCUUUCUCUAAACAUUGUGAAACUGCGCAACAAUUAGGAAAAGUCAAUUUUAUAUGUUUAGGUAUAAUUUCCCCUUCCAUCGCUUCUAAUUGGAGCUUAAUAUGAUCUUUCUAGGGCUAGAUUUAUCCUUCCAUCUCUAAACAUUCAACGAAAAUAUAUUUUUCCUUUGUAUAAUUAACUGUCGAUAUAUUUUUUUCGAUUUAAAAUCUGUCGAAAUACAUAAUUAGCUAUUGAUACAUCCAUCAAAGACAUAAUUAAUUGACAUAUUUGUAAUUAUUUUAUACUAGUGAAAAUUUGUAUAAAAAUGAUUAAUUAACGUGUAUGUCAUAUGUUAUUUUUCUUUAAUAAUGUACCAAAAAAAAAAAAAGGCCCAAAUGUGCUCCUCAUCCAACUAUAGGAUAUCCUUUCAAUUUUCAUCCUCAUAAUCACCAACCAUUGUUCACCCACCCACUCCCAUACUUUUGUCUUUAUUUUAUUUCAAUUUUGCAGACCAAACAAAAAAAAAAAAAAAAAAAGAGGGCCAAAACACCAACCUUCCAUUCACCAAACAAAAACAAAACCAAAAUCAAGAAAGUAUCACAUAGGUGAGUUCCCAUGGCUUCCUUAUCCCUAAUCUCCCAUUCUUCUUCUUCUUCUUCUACUACUCUCCGCCACAGUUCCCUCAUUGGCACUCGCCUUCCUUCCACCUUCCUCCGCAACCCCACUCUCCGCAUUCGCUCAAAAACUCCUUCAAUCAAAGCCUCCGUUCCUUCAGCUUUAACCCAAGAUGAACUCAAGAAACUUGCAGCUGAUAAAGCCGUUGACUACGUCAAAUCCGGAAUGGUUCUGGGUCUAGGCACCGGUUCAACAGCAGCAUUCGUCGUAGCCAAAUUAGGGGAGCUGCUUUCUUCUGGGCAGCUGACGGACAUAGUAGGUGUUCCCACUUCAAAGCGUACUGAGGAACAAGCUUUGUCAUUGAACAUCCCGUUAUCGACUCUUGAUGACCACCCACAUAUUGAUUUAGCUAUUGAUGGAGCGGAUGAAGUCGACCCCAAUCUUGAUCUUGUCAAGGGUCGAGGUGGGGCUUUGUUGAGGGAGAAGAUGGUGGAGGCGGCUUCGGAUAAGUUUGUUGUCGUCGUUGAUGAUUCGAAGCUCGUUUCGGGUUUAGGGGGAUCCGGGUUGGCUAUGCCGGUUGAGGUGGUGCAGUUUUGUUGGAAGUAUAAUUUGGUUAGGUUACAGGAGUUGUUUAAGGAAGAGGGGGUGGAUGCAAAGCUGAGAUUGGAUGGUAAUGGGAAGCCUUAUGUGACCGAUAACUCGAAUUAUAUUGUGGAUUUGUAUUUCAAGACUCCUAUUAAGGAUUCUGCUGCUGCUGGCAAGGAGAUUGCAGCGUUCGAAGGGGUGGUGGAGCAUGGAUUGUUCUUGGAUAUGACUACUGCUGUUAUCAUUGCUGGCAAGGAAGGAGUCAGUAUCAAGAGCAAGUAAAAAUGGUGAGGUCUGAAGAACUUCAACUUCUGUUUUUUAGUGGAAUUUUUAGACUUCAUUAUCGCUUCGAGGGAAUAGGGAUUGGUUGUUGUAACACUAAUAAGUUUUUCGGCAUUUUUUUUGGAGAUGUUAAGCAAUAAUACUCCCAUCUGAAUGUAAUUUGUAUAUUAGAAUGGAAAAAGAAACGUUUUUUGUUGA